GAAACCAUUUCCUUCCUUUCUCCUCACACUGUCUCUUCCUCGCGGCAGAAGUGAGAUGGCGCGAGAGCCGACGGAUUUCCUGCUCCUGACCUCCGCCGCGACGCCCGAGGCCGACGGCAGCGACGCCCACGUGCCCGAGGCCUGGAUCCGCGCCGCACAAUACUGGGCGGGGAUAGUGUCGUGCGUGGGCGUCCUGGGCAACCUGCUCACCAUCUUCACCAUCGUCCACCAACUGUACCUGGGACACCAGUGGCGGCAGCGGCACCGCAGCCUCUACCACAACGGCACGGGCCGCCUGCAGGGGAAUCUGGUCCGGCCGGUGCUGCCCCUGGAGGGCGACACGCUGAUCCUCCUGCACCUGAGCCUCUGCGACUUCCUCUACUGCAUCAUCAACCUGCCCCUCACGGCCAUAACCUACAACUACGCCUUCACCGAAGAGAACCCGAGCCAGUCGUUCUGCACGGGGGCAGCCCUCUUCCGCUACGGCAGUGCCUUCGCCGAGUGGAUGACGCUGGGGCUGCUGGCGACGGAGAGGUGCGUGGAUCUGGGCCGGUCGAGGGCAGCGCGCUUCUUCAGGCCUCGCUUCACCGCCGUGUGCCUGGUGGCCAUCUGGGCCGCGAGCAUCACGCUGCAGCUGCUCAUCGUGAAGGGGAGGAAUUUCAACUACGAUGAAGAUACUUACAAGUGUGACAUCACGAACAAGACAGCGAGGAUGGCCUUCUAUGCUGUGGAAUCGUGGGUGCCGUGCGGUCUCAUGCUUACGGGCUGUUUCAGCAUUAUCUGUCAGCUGUGGAUGCAUAUGAAGAAGCUUAAAAACGCAGGCAUGGCGAAAGAAAUCACGGAGAAGCGCUGCAGAGACAUGUUCAAGUCGACAGUCCUCGUUCUUUCCCUCCUGCUUCUGUUCCUCGUGUGUGUCAUCCCUAUCUGCGUGUACAAUAUUAAGCUCAUUAUGGAAGAAGAUCUGGUCAGCUACGACGUCCCUCUCGGUAUCUUCAUCUUCAUGAUUUACUGGAUCCAAUACGGGGUGAAUUAUCUAGUCUACGCCGCCAUCAACGCCAACUACAGGAAGGCUUAUAAGCAGUUCGUCCUCGCUGUUAGAAAUGCGCUGUUUCGGUCCCGGAGGCCAGAGGUUAACGAGGCCAAAGUGUAUCUCACGUCUUCGUAUCCGCACUUGAUGGCUAGCCUUUCUCACGUGCCCCCGACGCUCUCGCAUUUACAUACGGUGACGGCCGUUCCACUCCACGCCUAUCGCAUCUCGCACGAUCGCGUCUCUGGGUCUCACAGCCUCCAUCCCGACGUCCAUCAGGCCUGUCGGUGGGACGCCCGCGAGAGACGGGUGAGGACCCUCUCCUCCGGCAGCAUCCAUUCCUGGAACAGUCUCAGUCACUGGAGCGGGUCCUUGUCCUCCAGAUGCUCGGUGGUCACCAUGGAGACGAAUCUUGGGACUUGCUGAGGA